UUUUCGGUGGGUUGAGUUUUUCAAGUCAGUCCCCCUAGACGGUUUUCUGCUAAGUUCCAGUGUUCGCUAGAUAUAUAUAAGAUUAUCAAUGGAUGAGAAAUUCUCAUUGGUAGAUGAGGAUAAAGAAAAUAGCUGUGAAUUGUCAUUGGAUGUGGAACAAAUUAUGUCCGGAGCUCCGAUUGUUCAAUUCUCAAACAAAUCUAGUAGCUUAGCACCAUUUGCAGGUCGUUAUUAUUUUAAAGUUUGGAUCCCCAGUGUAUCAUCAAGUAAACCACGGGGUAAUGCAAAUUAUCACGUUGUUACAAUGAAUUCACUGCAAAAAGUUUACAUUACUCCAAUGCGUUCAUGGCCUAUAACUUUUUCUUUUCGACCUCCGGUAACACCGGCUGAUUUUUGGAUUCGAAUAACUCCGAUGUUUUCGUAUGCAGAAAGAUGUAAUGAAGUAGUUCAGAGAUGCAAAAAACAUGAAUCACAAACAUCAUCUGGCAACGGUGUCUUAGAGGGGAAAUCAUUUGUAGAAAUUCUAGGAUGUAGUUGUCAGUAUAUAAUGGGUAGUAGUCUGCCGAAUUGUCCAGCUACUCAAAUAACUGUGCGUACGUCAAUUGACGUCCUUCAGCUGCUUCAUUUUUCUAAAUCCCAGCCUCCUUCUAGUUCUGCUGAGUUAGAUAUGUCACAAUCUCUUCUCCCAGAAGUAACAGGAACUAUACACUGUAGACUUAGUUGCUAUAACAGUUGUCUAGGUUUAACAUCUCGAGGAGAAGUCGAGUUGGUGAUAACUCUGGAAAAAAAAGCCAGUGAAUCAUCUAAUUUAGAAAAUUUCGAAAUUCUCGGUCUAGACAAAAUUUGUGUUCGUUGUUGUUCAUGCCCAACAAGAGAUGUAAAAUCUGAUUAUAAAUAUUCAGAUAAUUCUUCAGAAUCAAGUUCUGUGGAAAGAAAUUCUCGAAGAUUAUCUCUUAAUUUAUCUGAUCAUUCAAAUGUUCAUGUAAAAUCUGGAGGUUUGAAUGCUCGGUAUAGUUGUCCUACGAAGAUUCAAAGAUUUGAAUGUAAUAAAGCUAACAAUGGAUCAUUUCGUACCGUAAUUAUUGGUGGUAGAAAAUAUUUUAUCAUUAUGACUGAUGACCAGGCAGUGGCUACGUCAAGUAGCACACUAAGAAAUUCAUCUGCUUUGAUAUCUGAACGUUGGAUAAGUUCUGGUUCUCAAAGUCGAAAAUUAAAACGAAUUCAAAAAUUCUAUCAAAAAUUAGAACAUUAUGCUGGUGACUGUAUAGAUAAAGAAAUGUCUCGAAACGAAACUGAUCCUACUGUAUCUCAUGGAUCUCAGGAUAGCACAAGUUCAGUUUGCUCUAUGGCAGACAAGUGUGUCGGAACGGAUGGUGUCUAGGAAUUGUAUAGAAGUUCUAAUAUCCGGUGAACUAAUCUACUUUUCUAUUCAUCAGUAUGUUUUCGAGUCGUUUUGUACAUGAUUUUUCUAACUAUAACUUGUUUUAACUUUGGUCUUACUUUUUCCUCCAAAAGUGUAUCUCACUUGAAGUGCUGUAUGUUUUCGAUAGGUCAACAAUAUUUUUAAGUUUCUUUUAAAGAGGGGUAUUCAUCCGUAAAAACCAUGACAUAUAGAAAUAAAUACGAUUUCUUUUUCUUUUUUUCUACCUUCGAUUUUGUUUCGAUGUUGGUUUGUAUUACUUUACUAAGUAAAACCAGUUUUAACUCCCCUAUCCACCUUUCUCUUGGCAGCAUUCAAUGCUUGAAGGCAUCUAGUUGAUAAUAUCGUAUCACAGUUUUGCGUUAUCAAU